AUGGCCUCAGUUCUCCGGUUGUACAAUGCGGCUCUCAUCCGAAGACCCAUGCUCGCACAAUCCGCCACUGCUGCCUUUUUAUUCGGUGCAGGUGAUGUGAUUGCCCAGCAAGUCAUCGAACGUCAGGGAAGGAAUCAUGAUUUCAUGCGCACUGCACGCCUCACUUUUUAUGGGGGAGCGUUCUUUGGGCCGGCCUUGACAAAAUGGUACCAGCUUCUCAACCGCAUCAAGUUCUCUAGUCCUACGAAGGCUGUGAUAUAUCGUGUAUGGAUUGUUUGGCUGGACCAGGCGAUCCUGACUCCUGUGGCUGUCGGAUUCUUUUUUGGCACAAUGAGUAUCCUGGAGGGAAAGGGUAUUUCUGGUGCACAGGACCGUAUUAGUACUGCGUAUACCCCAACGUUAAUCCGUAACUGGGGCGUCUUCAUACCCACCCAAAUCAUCAACUUCGCUAUCGUACCUCACCAUCUUCGCUUUGUUGUCGUGAGCGUUGUCAGCUUGUUUUGGAACACGUACCUCAGCGCUGUUAAUGCCAGUUCGCAGCAUCAGGAAGCAAUUGAAUCAGACAAAGGCACCGAGAAGUAGCAUGAUCGUAACUCGUGGCGCGCCUCUCACAAGCAUGUGUAUAUCAACUAGACUAUCAGCACUGCCAUCCCACGUGGAGACCUUUUGUUCUUAUUGUUGAAGCAUCCAGGAUGCCUACUGAAGUCUAAAGUGGAUAAGCAUCGCUGUGAAUGACUCGGGCGUCAGCGCUGCGCAUGCACACACAUAUUAUCAUCCACUCUUUUUUUCUUAGAAUGGACGAGGACCAGACCCCCCCAACUGGAAAUGCAUGAUUCGAAAUAGCUUCCGGAACGCGCUUUGUUCGAAAUAGGACAUUUCAGGUA